CCUUGACCCGCGAGAACCUGCACAUCACAACGAUUCGCUUGUCGACGACGACGCAGAGAAACCGCCAAAAUGACCAAGGGUACCUCCAGCUUCGGCAAGCGCCACAACAAGACCCACGGUCUUUGCAGACGCUGCGGCCGCCGGUCGCUCCACAACCAGAAGAAGGUCUGCGCUGGGUGCGGCUACCCCGCCGCUAAGAUCCGCAAGUACAACUGGUCCGAGAAGGCGAAGCGCAGAAAGGUCACCGGUACCGGCCGGAUGCGGUACCUCAGCACAGUCUCGAGGAAGUUCAAGAACGGCUUCCAGACCGGCGUCCCCAAGGGCGCCCAGGGCCCCACGGUUUCGGCUUCUUCAUAAUCGGUUCUCGAUAGGCAGGGGAGUGGACAAUGGGACGCAUGAUUUCGCGCGCGCGGGGCUCGGUUCAGUGGUCAAUGCAUCGAGCAUGAAAACGGCGUAACGUUUGGGAUCAAUAACACAGCUUCUUUUUCUGGCCAAGUUUCUUGUGCAGGGGCAAAAGAAGAGGGGAUCGCUGAAGGCGCAAGCACAACCGGCAGACCGGCAAACCAGCCGGUCCAGACCAGCCCCAGUCUGCAGCAAGCUAGCGGCGAGGGAAGGAGAUGUGACUCUCAAAAAUGAGGGGUAUCGUCUAUACUACUGCCCUCGUUCGAAUACUCUAACCCCGCCGUCGCCUCCCACA